UUUGUGCCUUCAACGAGCAAAAUCGGCAAACUGGGUUUUGGCGUGAGCGUGUGCGUGCGGUGAAAAUUCUACAAUUUUGUGAACCGGAAAGUAUCUACAUCAGCAAAAUCCACGCUUAUUUGGGGUUCGAUAGCUCAGUUGUAGCUAUUUGAAGCAAUAUUGUGACAGACGUUUUAGCGGCCAACUGCAAGUAAUGGUGGGGUCACGCGUGUAUGUUGGUGGUUUGCCGUAUGGCGUCAGGGAACGCGACUUGGAGCGUUUCUUUAAAGGUUAUGGCAGGACGAGAGAUAUUCUGAUCAAGAAUGGCUAUGGCUUUGUUGAGUUUGAGGAUUAUCGUGAUGCUGAUGACGCCGUCUACGAAUUAAACGGGAAAGAGCUAUUGGGUGAAAGAGUUGUUGUGGAACCAGCAAGGGGUACCGCUCGUGGGCCAAGCGGUUACCGCGAAAGAGAUAGGUACGAUAGAGAUCGCCGUGGUGGAAGGUAUGACAAAUAUAAAAGCAAUUCCAGGAACAGUUCCCGUUAUGGACCCCCACUCCGUACCGAAUACCGUCUGGUCGUGGAGAAUUUGUCGACCCGUGUCAGCUGGCAGGCGGCUGCCCUUAUUUCAUGAUGAGAGAAGUCAUAGAACUAGGGUUUACACAAGAUAAUGUGUGGUAGCGUCGUUUGAUUGCUUCCCUUCGAAUGGCUAGUGAUUGACGACUGGGAGACGUGCAGCAGCCUAAUUAACAUGGAUGUUUGGAGGUACUGGUGGGGUGGACCUCCACCGUUCCUCUCCGUGCAGGAUGAUAACACCCAAUGAGAGAGAUGUCAUGGUUGAUCUGGGCACAUGGAUCAGCACUCGACUACCGAUAGCACAUAUGCUGAAACACCGCUCAGCUGAUCAGAAAAGAAACUUACAUUCCUGGACGAUUAAUUUGACGGCUACUGAUGAUACCACUCCAAUCCAGACGUAGUUCGCAAAAAAGUGUAACUCAUGCACCAAGUACGAUCAGAUAUUAUUACUGAACACCGUUGAAUCAAUGCACACCAAUAAUACCAAGUUGCGGGUAGAUGGUGUUCAGGAGCUCCUUCCAUAUAUGAUUCGGAAAUCAUAGGCACCGGACUUCCCCUCUCUGGCCAACAUCAACCACAUACCUCGGAUACAGCAUACUGGGGCGAACGUCCAACCGUGUGUUCCAGCAAAAAAGUACCGUUAUUGUUCCAUUGGUUUUCAUUUCUUAUAUUUUCUUUCCUAUUCAACUGUUCUUGCCCUAAUCAAUGGUACACUAAUUCUUGAAAAUUUUUCACAUUGAUUAAUUUUGAAGAUUUGUGCGCGCCCAAGGAUCGACUGCUGCCCCUUGGUCGUCUGAUGAUUGUAAGAGGGGAUGACGUUAUGAAAUGGCAUGAGCGUGAUGGAUGAACUCCCAAGUGAUAUUCUCCUUCGAUCGCCACAGGCCAGCGGAGUCAGUAUGUGGUUAAGGACUUCUCGUCUAGGCAUUUUAUCAAGAUCUGCUCUACUACUUUGGAUUGCUAUGGAAAAUUGAGUGAAAAGGUUGGAUUCGAAUAUCUCAGCUAUCUACGAUGUUUCCUUCCACUGGUCCUAAUUUUGUUGGAAUCAUCGCAGUUCUACAAAUGCAGAAGAGACAGGAGAAUGUCCGUUACAUAAUUGCCUCCACCAUAGUCAUCCUUUGAGACGAAGGCCGCUAAACAAUUUCAACGCCUGAUGAGGUAUCACUCGUUCUAACGAUGGCUAAUAAUGUACUCGUUUCCAAUUCAACCCUUACUGCUGCGACGUGAAAUAGUGCACGGUUACUACUCUCGCUCUCUCGUACGCCUGAAACUAGUGUUGGAAUAUAGUGUUCCCUGUGGACAGAAGGGGAUCCUACUCCGCGAGAGAAAAGACGAGACUUGGCCCUUGGAUGUGUGAUGAACGCGAACCGGCGGCGAUGUCAUCGGGAUCGGUCCAUCCUAAGCGUCAUAGACGAAUGCUCUUUUCCUUUUUUCUUUUCUAUUUUCAAGCUUUGACUGUUCUCCUCCGUCGCCAAAUGCGUAUUUCAAUCCAUUUCAUCCUCCCGAGAGCAUGGACACUCAUCGGUUGUGGCUGGAGAGAAGAUGAUGACACAAGCACGAUGAGGUUUAGUCACCUGUCUACCAUACUGCCCGUACCAUCUUCUUUUCUUGUAAUCAAUGGCAAUGGCGCUGUAGUUACCUAUUCUCCCCCGGAUGUUGCGUGGAUGUUUUGGAAGAUGAUCAUUUCCGAGGGUUCUGCGUUAAGCUGCAACAGGAGGAACGUCCAUUCGCGUACACUAAGGUGGAAAAUCUUCGGGUGUCGCUCUGAUGUCCUUUUCAUUCAUCGGAUGCUAUUCUUUAAUGCCAUUUUUGGUGUCGUCGAUUGUGUUCCCCUUCGAAGAAGUGAGAUCCCAUCACAGAGGUCGGAGGCACUAAGUGAAGGAUCGAUACCACCCUUUUGGCAUUUAACGAUGAUUCCAGCUAUGUGAGUGACGGUCAUGCUCGCUCGGUAUCCACACUAAACACACACAUGCAUGAGGAGAGGUCAAAUCUAUGGUUCUGUGAACAUGAGAAAGGAAAGAUGAUUCAUUGACUGUCCCAAAUACCAAAACUGUGUCCGGCCGUAAAG